AUGACCCAAGACCUGAUCAACAGUGACACUAUCGAGUCGUCACAGCUGCUCAAGCGCAAGCCAUUGGUACUCAAACCAUAUGUGCUUCCUUUCUUGGCAAUCUAUCCAGUGUAUUAUAAUCUCUACGCCAACCACUACGAUAAGUACUUUGUUGGCAGAGAGUGGACAUUUGUCUACACAUUGACUUUGGUGUCGAUCCAUGCGUUGGUUUGGCUGCUUCCUAGAUGGAACUUGGACUUGAAUGUCAAUUUCAAGUAUAUUAGAGUUGAUUCUCUGGACGAGGCGUCGCAUAUUUUUAUAAGGGCAAAACCAAGCUUUGGUAUCAGUGAGAUUUCUGAAAUUAAGUUUGACCCUAAGACACAGCUGCUCUCCUUCCUUUACCAGAAGAGGAAGUACUUUUGGAACAGCGAGCUUUCGAAAUUUUCACCUCCAAUCUUUGCCAUCGACGAUGAGAAGCUCACCAUACGUCGCCUAAAGCAAUCCAGGGGCCUCAAGAGCGAUCAACUAACUGGCCUUCGAAAUCUGUACGGCCAGAACAAGUUCGACAUCCCGAUCCCGACGUUCAUCGAGCUGUUCAUCGAACACGCGCUGGCUCCGUUUUUCGUGUUUCAGCUAUUUUCUAUCGCCUUGUGGCUGAUGGAUGAUAUGUGGUACUUGUCAUUGUUCUCCUUAUUCAUGCUCGUCAGUUUUGAGAGCACGAGUGUUUACCAAAGAAAGAGUACCAUGACCGAGUUUCAGAGCAUGGGAAUCAAACCGUACGACAUCUACUGCUAUAGAGAUGAGAAAUGGUCCAAGAUCUCCACUGAGGACUUGCUUCCUGGUGAUAUUGUCUCCGUGACAAGAACCCCUCACGAAGAUCUUUCCAUUCCUUGUGACUUGGUGCUUCUUGACGGAUCCUGCAUCGUUAAUGAGGCUAUGCUUUCUGGAGAAUCAACUCCGCUUUUGAAGGAGUCCAUCAAGCUUAGAGAGGAGACUGAUUUGUACCAGCCUGAUGGAUUGGACAAGAACGCCCAGUUGCAUGGCGGAACAUCUUGCUUGCAAGUGACUCCUCCAGAAAAGCCUUUGAUUAAACUGGCUCCUGACAACGGUGCUUUGGCUUUGGUUGCAAAGACCGGAUUUGAGACCACCCAGGGUUCUCUUGUCAGAGUUAUGAUUUUCUCCAGCGAGAGAAUGUCUGUGGCAAACAAGGAGGCAUUCUUCUUCAUUCUUUUCUUGCUCGUGUUCGCAGUCAUUGCCUCGUGGUACGUGUGGGUUGAGGGAACCAAGAUGGGAAGAAUCCAGUCUAAGCUGAUUCUCGACUGUAUCAUUGUGCUGACAUCUGUUGUUCCUCCAGAACUUCCUAUGGAGCUGACCAUGGCCGUUAACCAAUCUCUGGCUGCUCUUGGAAAGUUCUACAUUUACUGCACUGAGCCAUUUAGAAUUCCCCUGGCCGGCAGAAUCGAUGUUUGUUGUUUUGACAAGACUGGUACCUUGACCGGAGAAGACCUCAACUUUGAGGGAUUGGCUGGAUUUGAUUCAUCAAACAUUAGAAGACUAUUCAAGCCAGAAGACCCUGGCGUUCCAUCUGUGACUCUGGAUGUUCUUGGCUCUGCUCACGCUUUGGUCAAGCUCGAUGACGGAGAAAUCGUUGGUGAUCCGAUGGAAAAAGAGACACUCAAGGCCGCCAAUUGGAAACUCUCUUCGAAAACCAAGAAUACCAUCGAGGGCCACAAGAGAGUCAUCAAGAUUUUGAGAAGGUUCCAGUUCUCUUCUGCACUCAAGAGGUCGUCUUCCAUCUCGAAGGUUGGUAAUCAGGUACUUGUCAGCUGUAAAGGUGCUCCUGAGACAAUCAAGGAAAUGCUUGUGGAUGCUCCUUCUAAUUACGAAGAAGUGUACAAAUCGUUCACCCGUUCCGGAUCCAGAGUUUUGGCAUUGGCCUACAAAUACCUCAGCUCUGACAAAAACAUUGACGGUCUCGAGAGACAUUCUGUUGAAAGUGGAUUGAAGUUUGCUGGCUUUAUCGUUUUCCACUGUCCUCUGAAAGAUGAUGCUAUCUCGACGAUUCAGAUGCUCAAUGAGUCCAGUCAUAGAUGUGUCAUGAUCACUGGUGACAACCCAUUGACUGCGUGCCAUGUUGCCAAGGAGGUGGCUAUUGUGACAAAAGAUGUGCUUAUUCUGGACAUUCCUGAAACUCAUUAUCCUGGAGACUCAGAGCUGGCAUGGAGAAAUGUUGACGAGACCAGAAUUAUUCCUUUCAACCCAACCCAGGAGUUUGAUGUCAAGUUCUUGCAAAAGAACGACAUCUGUAUCACAGGAUAUGCACUGUCUAAGCUGAUGGAGCACCCUCAACUUGAAAAGCUGAUCAGGUAUACCUGGGUCUACUCUAGAGUCUCGCCAUCGCAAAAGGAGUUUAUUUUGAAUUCCUACAAGAACUUGGGUUACAAGACACUCAUGUGCGGUGACGGUACGAACGACGUUGGUGCAUUGAAACAGGCCCAUGUUGGUGUUGCUUUAUUAAACGGUACUGAAGAAGGACUGAAGAAGAUUCAAGAAAACAAGAAGAUCGAGAGUUUGCAGAAAGUUUACGAGAAACAGUGCGACAUCAUGAAAAGAUGGGGAAACCCACCUCCAAAAGUUCCUGCCCCAAUUGCCCAUCUGUAUCCUCCAGGGCCAUUGAAUCCUCAUUACCUGGCCACAAUGGAGAAACAAGGACACACCAUCACUCCGGAAAUGAGGCAAGCGGUUGAGAUUGCGAACAAGCAGCCUAUUCCAUCAGGUGCGAAUGCAAAUGGCUCUGCGACACAGAAGUCGAACUUUGCAGAGCAGUUGCUGGCAGGCCUAAAAGAGGAAGAGGACGAAAAUGAGGCUCCAGUUCUAAAGCUCGGAGAUGCUUCGGUUGCUGCACCAUUUACAUCCAAACUUGCAAACGUUUCUGCCGUUGUUCAUAUCAUUAGACAGGGAAGAUGUGCAUUGGUGUCUACAAUUCAAAUGUACAAGAUCUUGGCUUUGAAUUGUUUAGUUUCUGCCUAUUCGCUUUCCGUGCUAUAUCUUGCUGGUAUCAAGUUUGGAGAUGGACAAGCUACUGUUUCUGGAUUGCUGUUGAGUGUGUGCUUUUUGUCGAUUUCUAGAGGAAAGUCCCUUGAUAAGCUGUCCAAAGAGAGACCACAACCGGGAAUUUUCAAUAUUUACAUCAUGGGAUCCAUUCUUGGCCAGUUUGCAAUCCACUUGAUUUCUCUGAUCUAUAUCACCAAAGAAGUUUACAUCCUUGAGCCAAGAGAGCCACAGGUGGACCUGGAGAAAGAGUUCAGCCCUUCUCUGCUCAACACUGCCAUGUUCUUGAUCCAGCUCUCGCAGCAGGUUGCCACCUUCACGAUCAACUACCAGGGACCACCGUUCAGACAAUCCAUCAGGGACAACAGAGGCAUGUACUACGGUCUUUUGGGAGUUACAUUCUUGUGUUUUGCUGGAAGUACCGAGUUCAUGCCGGAGCUCAACGAAGCAAUGCAGUUCGUCAAGAUGAGCAGCCUCUUCAAAUUUAAAUUGACUAUUGCUAUGUUGCUGGACUUUGGAAUCAGUUGGAUCAUCGAGUUGGUGCUGAAGCACUAUUUCAUGGACUUCAAGGCUGCCGACAUUGCCAUCCGGGAGGACGAAGAAGAGAAGAAAACCAGAUAG